UCCGAGAGAAAGCGUGAGUUGUUUCAGAAGAUUUUUGCUGAGGUUUCCACUAAGAAGCGAUCUGUCCUCAAAAUAUUCCAUGAAAUAGCCGUAUUCUACCUCUAGACUCUUCAUAUCGUACAAAACUACAAUUUGCGACGGGAUUAACUUACAAAUGAGUCGAGAAAAUAAGUUUGGCCUGCAACAGUCGGCCCUGUUCAUUGUGGUCCUAGCGACGUUUGCUGGCAUUGCUUUGAAUGGGAUUAGAAGUGCUAUUUUGAAUAUCGACGAGAACCGUUGCGAGAUGACUUACAUGUUUCAGUGGCCAAGGUACAACCACAUCCCUAUGUUCAAAGGAACAUCCAAACUCUAUCCCAGAUUUGGCCUUUAUCUUUACAGCGAAGGCGAAUCCAUUGUGGAUGUUUCAAAAGACACGCGGUUAACUGGAAUACCGGUCUUGUUUGUUCCUGGUAAUGCCGGGAGCUUCAAACAGGCACGAUCAUUUGCGUCAGUUGCUCUCAAAAAAGCUGAAGAUAGCAGAUAUGAAUUCAACUAUUUUACUGUAGAUCUAGAUGAAGGACUUUCUGGGAUAUUUGGUGGAAUGUUAGACAAGCAAACUGAGUUUGUAAGAUUAUGUGUAUCACGAAUUCUUCGUCUCUACAAAGGAAAUAAGACCCCUCCAAAGUCAGUCGUAUUGAUUGGUCAUUCAAUGGGUGGCCUGAUUGCUCGUGCGUUAUUCACGCUUCCAAAGUUUGACCCAAAGAUGGUCCAUACUAUUAUAACACUUGGAACCCCUCACAACCACCCAGUAAUACAUCUGGACCCAUUCCUUGGACUAUUUUAUAAUAAAGUUAACAAACUGUGGAAGAAGGGUGUUAAUGAUAUGAGCAGAGACUCAGUUCUUGGUAAUGUUACUUUGGUAUCUGUGUCCGGGGGGUUUAGAGAUUUACUUGUUAGAUCCAGUAUAUCCUCAUCUGAGAAUUGGCUACCUCUUGCUCAGGGUCUUAGUGCAGUGACUACUUCAAUCCCAAGAGUCUGGGCCUCUGUGGACCAUCUCUGCUUGUGCUGGUGCAAGCAGCUAGUGCUAACAGUGAACAGGGCUCUUUUUGACAUGAUUGACCCAGUGUCUUCACAGAUAACGUUAAACAAGAAGACAAGAAUGACUGUGUUCCGCCACCAUUUCAUGCAAAACCCUGGUACAAGAAAAAUACACACAGUAACCUCUGACAAUACUGUUAUUGGCUUGAAGCAUCUAAACCCUGUUCUUAUACAGCGCAGGUUGUGGGUUUCAAAAGGCACAGGAAAAAAUGCAAGAGGUAUCCAGAACCUUUUUGUGUUUCCUGUUGAUGACUGGAAGAUCUCUCAUGAUGCAUUGUUAAUCCUGACAAACCACACAUCAGAGAGUUGGUUGUUUGCAUGUAAUGGAGCACCCGGUCACCCUUGUGCUACUGCUGUGGACUUGUCACACUUUGCCCAGUUGCUUCCUGCAGGUGGCUCCACUCUGAGAUUUGCUUAUCUAAAGUUCAAGGAUUUUUCAACAAUAUCUCACUUUGCACUGUCAUCUCCACUCACUGCCAUGCCCAACCUUCUGUGGAGUGAGUUCCAUUCAAGACCAGCAUCUCAAUACUCUCUGGAUGUACCAUGGCUUUUUUCAAGAAGUCACAAUUCCUUAGACAUUGAAGCAGACGUGAUAUUUGUAAACAUCACUCUCCCUUCAAUAACAAAGAUUUGGAAGGUUUAUGUACUGCAAGUUGAAUCCAAAGACUGUGAGACGAGCUCACUUAUCAUUGGGCGUAUCAAUAUCCCUUGGUUUAAUGAGAACUCCUAUUCAAGCUCUCAUUCUGGUUCUAUACGAAUGCUUAUUAAACUGAAUCACCCAAGGCCAAGAGGGUUUGUUGGAAAUGCUGAGGUCCAUCUUUGGCUUGAUCCGGAGUGUUCACAUACUGUGAGUAUCAAGCCAGACCUUUAUGAGGUACUUGGUCAGAUCUACAGAUUCUAUGGCAUUCAAGUACUUCCAUGGACUUAUUCUAUGCUGCUUCUCAUCCUGGCUUGGCAGAUCUCUUCAGUUGCUGAUAUGGUCUGCUGUCCUUCAUUUUUUGACCUUAUGUCUAAUGCACCUCGCAGCCUAAGAGUUCUGUUGUUGGUUAUUCAAGUCCAUUUUGUUGUCUCCCAAGUCGUUCUGCCGUUUUUUGUGAUGCAGGGGAGUGAUGGUCACCAUGACUGGCUGCCUGGGAUCAGUGACCUUAGGACAUUUGAUUGGUUGAUGCCUCUUGUUUUAGUGGCAUGUACUUCAGUGUUCUUCAUCAUUAUUAUAUUUGUAUGGAGUAGACUCCUUAUCAAGCUUGGCAGCAAGUUGUUCUUUUGGCAGCAGGAUGUACAAGAUCUUCUAGUGAGAAAGCCAUCACUUCCACUCAAGCAAGUUGCUGUAUCACUAACAGUAUUCAUGGUAUCAGUAUUUUUGUGUGGAACACUGGGUCUCAUUGUAGCAUUUCUAUUUUUCCUUGGAAGAACAUGCAAACAGGUAUCAUUGCUGAGCCAGCAGGAGAGGGCAGGCCAAGGGGCAACAAGUAUCCGCUUGAUAUCUCUACUAAAGGGAAUCUCUAACUUUUCACAAACUAUCUGCACCCUUACUGUUUUUAAUUUGGUCAUUAGUAUGCCAUCGCUGGUUGUUUGGGCCCAAGGGUUAGGAUACUCUUACCGUUUAGUGCCAGAUCCUACAGCUGUUCUUGGAACAUGGAUGGGCUUGAAUCUAAUUCACCUUGGCUAUAACCCAUUAGGGGAUGCUCCUAAGUCAUUUGUGUACAUUGCAUUCCUUGUGGCAGUUUUAGUCACACAGGCCCCGCUGUUUCCACUGUUUAUGUUGCCUUACACUUCAUGCAUCAUUCUCACCUCUCUCAAUGUUACAAGGAUCACAAAACAAGUUAGUGUGGACAACAAAAAGAUUUCUUAAUUAAGAUUUAGCCAUGUAAUAAGGGUAAGCAAAGGUUUUAAAGGUUCCUAUUUAGGUGGUUUUCCUAGGUUUCAUUUUGUGAGAUUUUGUAAAUUAUGUUUUCUGUCAUUUGGAAAUUCUAAAUACAAGGAGCACAAGCUUA